GCCGCCGCUAUAGAGGACGGCUCCACGCCAUUGAGCGUCGCCGGCGAUAAUUGCUCGUCGACCGGCGCCAGGUUACAUUACUCCAAUCACUCUUUACGCCGCACGCCGCAACCGCCCCAUCUGCCACCUCGCGACACCGACAGCUCCUCGGAAAGAACGCAGAACGACUCGAGGCUUCAAAACGGUAUACCCGGACACCAUCGUGCGCCUCCGCCCCUUCCUUCCAGACACCAAUCGUCCUGCAGCCAAUCUUCCUACCCUACCCUGCCUAUGAACGGCCACGCGACUCAUCAGUUCCAUCAUUUCCCACGCGAGAAAGACAGAUCGUCGGCUCGCGAGAGGAGUCGCGAUCGGGACGUAGGCCUGCAAUCCGUCCCUCAUCGGUCCGACAAGCACCGAGAUCUUCAGAUGGAGAUGGAGAUACGCGACGGGCUGGACAUGGGCGAAAUAGGAACUUAUCGAGCGUAAAGAUACGCAGCACGAAAACGGGAACAAGGUGAACUCGUUUCGGAGAAGGCCAGAGCGCGGAUAGGCCGAGCGAAUUGAAUCGAAGACUGAAUUCGAACGUCGAAUAGAGACUAUCUGGCGGGUGAACGAGAUUCAAACAGACCGCAGUUUACGCGUCUCCGUCCGAUUUUCGCGCACGCACGUGAUACGGUCGAAGAGGCAAAGAUGCAUCGAAGCGUUAGCCAGCGAACGAUAUCGAUGCAAUCGCGAUGGAAUUGGCCAACUCACGACUAAAUCAAAUCGAAGACUGAUUACAACGGACAUCGGUGAACAAUAUCGACAAGUAAUUAACCGAUGCCGGUACAUUCCAAUCACCUGUCUGCCAGUCUUCGCUGGGAUCGGCCAACGCCAAUUUCAAUCAAAUUACAACGUUUUGGUCGAUGCAGUUUCUCUGAACGUCGAUUGUACCGCGUCGUUGUAACGGCUCAACGAGAAAUCUCCAAUUUUUGCUGUAAAGAACAACCGAAAGGAACGUAUAGAAAGAUACGCGAGUUAUUUUAACGGAAACGAUGCUUCGCGUCAGGAAUACGAAGAACAAGAGUAUAUCCGAUGGAAAUAAGAAGAGAAAGGAGGAUUAAUCGCGCAUGCGAAUCAAACGAGAGAGUCGAUAAUGAAAACGUCACGAUGCCGAAGAAAAUUGGUCGAUAGGAAGAAAGGCCGAUCGGCUAUCGAGAAUUAUCAGAAGGUAUCGAUACGUUUCGUUAGACGUGGACGUUACGUUCGCGUCACGAUAGUUCAGUGACUCUAAGAGCGCUCCAAGGACUUCACGGUAAAAGGAAACCGACUCUACGAGGCAAGAUGGAUCAGAUUGAAACGCGCGCGUGUGAAACGUCCGUGAAGAACUGUGUCGAAAAGACCGACGGAAGACGAGUUCAGUGUACGUUACCGCAAUGGUUUUACGCGCAACUAUAGAACGGUCGUCUUCGUCGUAAACAAAAAGAAAAUCGCAUGUUCGACACAUCGAUGACUUUGAAGAUCUUUCGCGAAGAAUUCGUAAAGGCGAAAGCAGAAGAGAAGAAGGUUGAAGGAAGAUGAAAGUUCCAGACGAACUUGCUGAGAACGACGUUCGACGAACGUGCCAAUGUUCGAACCGUAAAAGCACCUCGUUUGUAAACGUAAUUCUGAAAAGUUCGUAGAGCGAGACAACCGAAUCAAAAUCCAAAGAAACGAGACUCGUCGGUUACGCUCCCUUCUCGUCGCUGUCGCUCGCGAACGAUCCGACGAAAUCAUUUCGGGAAUCAUACCGCGCUCAUGGUGAGAAUCGCGGUGAAUUUUCAAGCGCCUUAGAAAGCGAAUAACUUGAGAAGAAAGACGCCGAGUCGUAUUCGGAAUGCUCUACUAAGCGUUUCGAUCAUUCGUUGUAUCGUAUAUGCCCGGCUGGUAUCAUACGUUAUACGUAUGUAUCAUAUAUUUCGUAUUUAUUGGCGUGGUUUUAGAUAACUUUAUAUCUAUCUUUGUAUUUUCUGUAUUAUUUAAGGAAACAACCGACUGCUUUUUUACAUUUCCUUGAGAUUUGUACAUUUUUUCUCCCAGAAGAGUCGAGCUGAUUAACCUUGUAAAUUAUUGUAAAGAUAUUUUUUAAAUUUAGUCGUGUACAAAGAAAAAAUGUACGAAUUUGUAAUAGAACACCUAUUUUCUGAGUACGAUUCGUAAUAAAUGAACGCUCGCACGAAACUCCGCUGCAUGUGCUCGUGUACUUUCAGAUAUAAUAAAAAGUCGACCGCUUAAUUAUACCUAAACCGUGAAAUAUCACAACAAAGGACGGUCUCAAGUUCACAACCUACGUGAUGAAAUCAAAGGAACCUUCAAGAUCGAAAGUAACUUGGACGAAGUUGACUACCGAGAAUAAUCGCUCGACUGGAAUAUUCUCCUUCGCGAAUCUGGAACAUAAAUGUAUAACGAACUUUCUUGGACCGGAAGGAACUUUCGUGAAACUGGAACUUGAUCGUGAACUUAGGCUUCAACUAUUCAGGACGACAACACUGUCUCACGCUCUUUCGGAUCGCCAUCCAAUUGUACUUAAAACAAGCGCUUGAAACAAUUUUCUAUUU